GAAAAAGAUUAAGUUGUUAGAUGUUGGAACUUCUCGGAAAAAUUAUCUAUGUAUCUGUUCAGUAGUCAAUCAUGUAGUAGUGUUUACUAUUCGUGAAGCUGAUUCUUUUCUUGAGUAUCACAAGAUCUUUGUCAUCGAUCCGGUAAACGUAAUCCACACAUCAAAAGUAUGAUCUGAUCACAUGAUCUAUUCCGUCUAUACCUUUAUUCUCGUUUAUCAAGAUCAUGGAGUCGACCACGUCGUCGGGAGGCAUUGCGCUAGGCGGAAAUGCUAUGGCAGCUGGGAUUGGAGGUAGUUCCUGUUCUUCCUCCAACGAGCUAUGGGUCAACAAGUAUGCGCCGAAGUGCUUCCGGGAUGCGGUUGGCAAUUGCAGCAUGCUUUCAGUCUUACAACAGUACACGUUCGAACCAGAAGCCAUGCCAUCGAUGAUUUUGGCCGGACCACCAGGAUGCGGCAAAACGACCGCACUACACAUCCUCGCACAUACACUGCAUGGAGGUAUUUUCGACAAGGCCUAAAAAAUCAAAUUUCUACACCCUACUUUCUUGCUUGGCUAAAAUCGUUCUUUUACCAUAAUUCCUUGCAACUUGAUCUUGUAGACGGGGGGUUGACCUAGUAAGUACUUCGAAUGCGCUCGCAGUUCGUUGGAUUCUUGGACACUUAUAUUUUUACUAGAUCUACUAUGUCCGUAAUCAAUGUCUUGUCUCAGUUGGUCUCCACCUCAGAAAGACCAUUUUCUCAGAUCAGAAGGAGCAGUGCGUACUGGAGAUGAACGCCUCAGAUCAGCGUGGAAUAGACGUGGUGCGUGACACCAUUACAAAUUGGCUGCGCACCUACGUGAAGCUGAAGAACCAAGAGGCGUACCGGAUCGUCUUCUUGGAUGAGUUUGAUUCGAUGACAAUGCCAGCUCAGGAGGCAUUACGGAAGGUGAUGGAACAGAAUACGCACAGAGCGCGUUUUGCACUGGCCUGCAAUCACCCGAAUAAGAUAUUGGACGCGAUUAUAUCGCGAUGCAGCGUGCUCAAGUAGUAUAAAAAUUUGUUCAGCUUGCUAUGUAUAAGAUAGUUGAUUCUCAUUUUCGGAUCAUUUCAUCUGGAUAGAUCAUCAAGUCUUCUCCAGCUUCAGCUGUAUUAAGUGGCACUUUAUUUGACUUUAAUAUUUUCUCGGAACCGGACGGAGGUCGAUGUUAUUUUGAUUUCAUUCAGGUUUCAGAAGAUCGAACCCGUUGAAAUGCUGUAUCGCGUAGUGCAAGUGGCGCGCUUUGAGGGUCUAAGCUACGAUGCUGAAGGUCUAGACGCAUUGAUUUUCAUCGCAGACGGAGACAUGCGAAAAGCAAUAACCAUGCUGCAAGCUGUCGCAGAUCGCGUCCGAGACGACGACGACCCUGUAGAAGUGGUGCUGUCACGAGAAGGAGAAGGAGCAGGCAUGAUAUCUUCGGUAGGAGCCGAGGAUCACGACGUUGCAAUGACAGACGCUGCCGUGGACGAUGUUGAAAGUGGUGCCGCUAUAAGUACAACAAACAAGAAGGAUCAUAUUACAAACACUGACGAAGCAGGAGCAGACGCCCAGGCCGCAGGGAGUUCAAAGCCUCCGAGUAAAAGAUGCAUUGAUGUUACUAAAGCAAACGUUCUCAAGGUAUCGGACGCACCAAAUCCAGAAUUAUUGAAAGGAUGCCUCAAAAACUGCCUGUUUGGUCGUGAUUGGCGACGGGCAUUCUUUCCACUAAUGUUAUGGACCCACUCCUGUUCAAUGUUGAAAGGGAGUUCCUUGUGACAAUUCAUUGUGAGUGUUUCUUGAGUAGAUGUAGAAAUAUUUGUAAGUUUAGUGAGGUUAAGCUUAAGGUGUGGUCCCAUGGGAUUUCGAAACUCAUGUUGUAUCGUCAACAACAAGCUUGAUCCUACUACUAUCACACCAAGCUGUUCUCGUUCCUUGUCUUCUUUCAUACCUCCGACUGGAGCGCGCAGGUUAUCCGUUGCGUGACGUGAUGGUCUGGCUGGGACGAGUAGCACUUCAUUCAUUGGAAAAAGAGAUCGAUGAUGUCUUACGUGCAGAAAUCGUCCACGAGUUGUCGAUUGCGCACGCGAACAUGGUCAGGAGCGAUCGCUUUUCACUCUUGCAGCUUGAUGCCCUUUUUCUUCGGUUGCGCAUGAAGUACAACCUGCGCGAAAAACAAGGACUCAUCUGCUAGCGUGAAUAGCAAUAUUCAUAAGUAGAUCACUCUGGGUUGUAUCGUCAGCUCAGUGUUGAGAAAUUCACUGUGAACUACGCGGCAUGCCCAUGCACUCUCAACAGACAUUCAUGGUAACAAGAAAAUCGUGCGACGUCUCAAGAAUGUUGGUGGUGUGCACCUAAGUCUUGAAAUAUAGAACUUUCAUCUCAUGUCGGAAGAAACUUCGAUGAAAAACCGACAGAAAUGAGAAAAGGAAAAGAUGUUCUUGCAAAAAUUCUAUUCUUGCAAUGGAACCAAGAAAAU